UCCUGGGUGGUGACGUAAACUGCCCGUUAGGUUAUUUGGAUUUCUGGUAUGGCGUAGGAGACCCGGUACAGGAAAAGGAAUUUAACAAGGGAAUAUUGUAAAAUGAUGUAAAAGGGAACUUUUUUUGUUGUUCGAAGUAAUUCGCGACGUCGGAGUCUUGUUGUGACAGUUUUGCUGGGACUUUGGAUUUCCGUUUUGCAGUAACCCUCAAUAGAAGACCAUGAUGACUGAUGCGAGUGACAUGUUGGCAGCUGCCUUGGAGCAAAUGGAUGGCAUCAUAGCAGGUUCCAAAGCUUUAGAGUAUUCCAAUGGUAUCUAUGAUUGCCAGUCUCCAACUUCUCCAUUCAUGGGAAGCUUACGAGUUCUGCAUCUAGUGGAGGAUCUCCGUGGACUGCUUGAACUGAUGGAAACAGAAGAAAAAGAAGGACUUCGUUGCCAGAUCCCAGACUCAACAGCUGAACUAUUAGUUGGAUGGCUACAGGGUCAUAUGGCAAAUGGACAUAUAUCUUUGGGUGCUGACAUCUACCAGGAGCGAUUAGUUAGACUGGAAAGUGAUAAAGAAUCCCUUGUACUACAAGUGAGUGUUCUUACGGAUCAAGUUGAGGCUCAAGGAGAGAAGAUUCGAGACCUAGAGUUUUGUUUAGAGGAACACAGAGAGAAAUUAAAUGCUACAGAAGAAAUGCUUCAGCAGGAACUGCUCAGUAGAACAUCUUUGGAGACUCAGAAACUGGACCUCAUGACAGAAAUUUCUAAUCUGAAACUGAAGCUGACUGCUGUCGAGAAAGACUAUGUAGAUUAUGAGGAAAGAUUCAAAGAUACAGAGGGGUUGAUUCGAGAAAUUAAUGAACUGAGAUUUAAGGUAACUGAAAUGGAAAAUGAACGGGCUCAGUAUGACAAAAAGCUGAAGUCAACAAAGGAUGAACUGAAAUCCCUGAAGGAUCAGUUAGAACAAAAGGAAGCAGAAGUGAAGAGGCUGACAGAAGAAUUUGUUUCAAGGAUGCCACUGGAUAGUACUGAUGGCGAAAAAGUAAAGUUACUUGAUGCACCUCUGGAAAAACAGAAGCUUUUUGGUGCUAAUGCACAAGAUGUGUUGAAGUCCAUUGAGGAAAAAGACCGCAAGAUUGAAGACCUCCGGCAGGCCCUGAACAGAUACAAGAAAGUACAAGACAUGGUACUGUUGGUCCAAGACAAAGCAAAGGAUGAUCAAAAUGAGCACCAUCUGGAUGGGGUCUCUGGUACUAUUCAUACAGAUGUCCAAACUUUGGUUGAAUCUGAAAAAAGUCCACCUACCUCAGUGUUAUCAACUGCUGCUCCCCUCCAGGAUAUCAAUGGCAAUGCCCCAGAGCAGAAUCCUGUUCAGGUACAUACAAGUGUCCUUCAGGUAUCUAUCCCAGCUUUUUCAUCAGUGCCCAAGACAUCUGAUGAUCCUGCGCCAAAAAAGAAUAUGUCUGAAGAGAACAGUAAAGUUGAAACCAGUGGAGUGAAAAUACCAGACAUUUUAGCUGUUCCAGAAACCCGUUUAUGCGACAGCCCUGUGACACCAGUUCUACAGAAGUCAAGCAGCCUGGAUAAUCUGAAAAAGAGUUCAACAGAUAUGAGAAUGGAGUCUCCUCCGCAAACACCACUGGAGAAUAAAGCUUACACAGAAAUAAGCAGAAUUGGUGGGCUGCCUCCCAAGCCUCCCGGUCAUCUAAACUCAGCAGAUGAUGAAAGCUUUGGUACUCGUAAGGGCAGAUCCUCAUUUGGUCGUGGCUUUUUCAGGAUUAAAAGUAAUAAGAGAACAGCAAGUGCACCAAAUCUAGCUGAGACAGAAAAAGGGUCUGCAGAACAUCUAGACUUGACAACUGGGAGUUCAAGAGCAGCAGAUUCAGACACUUGCGAGACAGCCUCAUCAUCUCCAGAAUCGAGAAAGAAAUCAAAAGGACUUUUGAAAUUGUUUGGCAGACUUAAAAGAAGUCAGUCAACCACAUUUAACCCAGAUGAUCUGCCUGAGGAAGAAUUCAGAAGAGGUGGAACAAGAGCAACUGCAGGACCUAGAUUGGGAUGGUCACGAGAUCUUGGCCAGGUGAACAGUGAUGUUGAUGCCCCAUUUGCUAAGUGGACAAAGGAUCAGGUCUGCAACUGGCUAAAAGAUCUGGGUCUGGGCAUGUAUGUAAAUAUUGCCAGACAGUGGGUCAAAUCAGGGCAGACUUUGCUACAAGCCUCACAGCAGGAUCUUGAGAAAGAACUUGGAAUGAAGCACCCCCUUCAUCGAAAGAAGCUGCAGUUGGCAGUGCAGGCACUGGGUUCAGAGGAGGAAGACAACAAAUCAAAACUAGACUAUAGCUGGGUCACAAGGUGGCUUGAUGAUAUUGGACUGCCUCAGUACAAGACACAGUUUGAUGAAGGCAGAGUUGAUGGUAGAAUGCUACAUUAUAUGACUGUGGAUGACUUGCUGUCUCUUAAAGUUGUCAGCGUACUACAUCAUCUUAGUAUUAAAAGAGCAAUUCAGGUUCUACGGAUUAACAACUUUGAGCCAAACUGUUUACGAAGAAGGCCAUCUGAUGAGAAUAACAUCACACCAGCUGAAGUUACCCAGUGGACUAAUCAUCGUGUAAUGGAGUGGCUUCGCUCAGUUGACCUAGCAGAGUAUGCACCUAAUCUUAGAGGCAGCGGUGUACAUGGUGGAUUAAUGGUGCUUGAACCUCGCUUCAACGUGGAAACAAUGGCACUUUUGUUAAAUAUACCUCCAAACAAGACACUCUUGCGAAGGCACUUGGCCACCCAUUUCAACCUUUUAAUUGGGCAGGAAGCUCAACGACUGAAACGUGAAUCCUUGGAAUGUCCUGAUUACGUUCUCCUGACUGCAACUGCUAAAGUGAAGCCAAAGAAACUUGUGUUUAGUAAUUUUGGAAGCCUGAGGAGAAAGAAGCAGGAUGAUACAGAAGAGUACAUUUGCCCAAUGGAGCUGGGCUUGCAAACAAGCAGCAGUUCUCAGAAAGGAACACAAGGUACAGACGCAAGGGUAUAUAAUGAUGAUGACCUCGACAAUUUAGAACAGAUGGAAGAUUCUGAAGGGACAGUAAGACAGAUUGGUGCAUUUUCUGAAGGCAUCAAUAACUUGACGCACAUGUUGAAAGAAGAUGAGAUGUUUAAAGACCUUUCUACCCGCUCUCCCACUGUCAGCAUCACAGAUGAAGACUCAAAUGUGUGACAGGAAAUACGUAAAGUACGAUUGACUUUUGUCUGCAACAUCAAAUUUAUGAUGGCUAGUAGAAUGGUGUAGUUCUUGUUCUGAAAGCACAUUUCAUUGGGUAAUUUUCCAAAGAAGAAACAAAGCCACAGAAAAGGCAUGCCUUUUGUGCCUGUAUUGAGAAAUGCCAUGGAAGAAAACAUUUGUAAAAAGGUUUAUAUUGCAUUAUUGUUCAUUGUACAGGAAUAUGCUGUAUAUUUUACAUCUAACUUGCUUUCUAUAAUUAUGGGCUUUCUGUAUUAACAUAAAACUAAUGCAGUUAUUUCAGACUUCCAAGAGUUAUUUAUACCAGUAUAUUUUUAUAGCAUGAAAAAAUGUUAUUUGUAAAACUCCCAUAGUACUGCAUGGCUCCUGUGAACUCCUGCUUGUGGUUUUGUUUUCCUUGUUUUAGACUUUUAUCUGUACUACCUUAGAGUAUGCAUCUAAUACAGUUAUCUUUUGUGAAUAAGGCUGAUAAAAUGUGCAAUCUUUUAUACAGACUAAAGAGUGUAGACCAGCUGGUUACUGGCAGAAUCAUGGAUUGUUUUCAUGCGUUUGUUUUGCAUGGAUAGCAUGCAUGUGCAGUGUUUUUACUACUAUAAGUACCAUUUUCACAUUUCAGAUUCCCGUGUUCUGUAUGCAGUGUUAAGAUUUUUUUAAGGAAAAAACUCAAACUGAAGUAAAAUGAACACACUAAAUGAAAACUCUUCCUAAAUGUUCAUCUGAUAAAUUCUAUUUUUUUAGUUUAUCACAUGGUGUAUUUGGUGUUGGGUUCCAAGUGCUCUUCUUGUGGGAAUCAGUACAUGGCAAUACUGUAUCAUAAUCAAAAACCUACCCCGUUCUGUGACAGUCACUUUAUAGCACUUAGUUUAAUUGUGUUUUUUCUUUUUUUCAGGCUACUGCAUUACUGGCAUUUAAGUUUUGCUCUUGGGAAUUGUAGAGAAUAUUCUUAAAAACAUAUUCUUUACUGGUUUACUCCAUUUAGAGUUCAAAUUUGCAAGCUUAAGUCUUUAGUACCUAUUAAUAUUAUGUUCUCAGAUUUACUGACAGACAAUUUACUUCCACUUUCUUGUCAGCUGUUGAACUUUUGUUUUUGUCCAACCCAGUCUUCACAUAACAUGUUGUAGGUGUACUGUUCCCAGUAUUUUACAUUUUUUGAUCAGAUUAAAAAGAUGUAACAGCAUCUGAAGUCUUUUUCUCUUCAAAUUAGUGCUGAGUUAUACCCAUGUUCCCCCAGAUGUUUCAAUUAUGCUUCUUUUUCAGGACUUGUAUCAUUCUUUGCAGUAUGUAUGUAUCUUUUGGAUAGGAAUGUCUAGACAAACAUGGAGCACCUUGUGGUUACAGUAUAAAAGCAAUAGUCUGGUGGUACUGUACAUUUCAAAGGGCAAGAAAAUUAUGCUGUGGUCAUUGUGCUGCCACAGUUAGUAGACCUUUUGUAUUUAACAUCUGAAAAAAUAUCCAAAAAAUAAACAGCUUUUCUGUCCAGCCAUAUCCAGCUCUGCCAGAGCAGGUUCAAAAAUUUGUGGGCUGUGGUUACAGUUUAAUUUGGGAAAGGGGCCAUUAUUAGUACUUGGGCAGCCUUUGCAGUGUGUCAUGGGUAUGGGUGGAUCAGGGCAUAAAUUUAUGAUGCAUGCUCCCCAUUUCAUUAGUAGUGCUGUGUUGAGCAGCUACAUCCUGUAUGUCUCAUGUUUUGUAGCACGGUACAGAUAUUUAAUUGAAGAUGUAGGGGAAGAGCAGUUUUGUGGUUAUUUUGUUUGCCUGGCCAUGUCCUCCAGUGUUUGUCUUUAGCUAUAGAUGGUACAUAUGGAGACAGAGUGUAAAUGGAAGUUGAACAGCUUUUGAUCUGAACAACAAAAAUGAAACUUCAGUUACACAAAAAUAUUUAUAUAGAUGUGUAAUUGAAUGUACUACCUGAAAAGGUAACAAAAAAAAAACAAAAUAAAUGAUGAGAUCAAAACUGAGCUUUGCCCCUGAAAUGAAUAGCCAGUAGAUCAAAAAAUCAGCCACCUAAAGAUGGACAAAAAAUUAAGUAGUGAAACUUACAAUCAGCUAGGUACUGUACAAUCCAGAAUCCAAGGAAGAGACCCAGAGGGUGAAUUCUACAGAUUUGUCUUAACUUUAUAUACAGUAUAUGUUUUGCUAUCAUAUUAAGAAUUACAGCAAAUACCUAUAUUAAAUAAGUAUUUUUAGUUCUUAUGUCAGUGAAACAUGCUAAGCAUGUGCUUUAGAUGAUUUUUGAGUUUGUUUUCCAUAACAUAUGCCUCAUGCCUAUAUUGUGAACUGAUGACAAAAAAACAGCCUAACGGCAUUGUAGGGCCUUAACAAUAAAACCAACAUUUUCUAGCAGAUUUCUCAAGAAGAUGUCAUGCCACUGGGUACAAAUGCAACUUUACCUUUUGUAAAAUGCGUCUAAAUUUGGGGGGAGGGGCUAAAACAGUGACAGCAAAGUACCACUGACACUGUGAAAUACUACUUCCCUAAGUCAGUCGAUCAUGCUACCCGUUUGUCUGUCCAUGAAUAAAUUUGCCCUGUUAUUUGUACACUAUGUAAGACUGUGGGUUUUCUUUAGUUUCCAAUGUAGUAGUGCAGUAUAGCAAUUACAAAGACCCUCCCCUUUGUUUCCUGUUGUCCAUGUGUAGUAAAAGAAAAGCUCCCACCAUCACAAAACUUGAGUACAGCACAUCUAGCUUGCAUGUAAGAGUGGAUAUUGCUUAGUUAAAUUCAGUAACAAAUAUUUAAUUGAGAGUUAUUGCGGGCCCCUUUUGAGUUAAUUAUAUUUUAAAUUCCUGUUCCAGGAUUAUCUGUGGGUUUCAGUAGGCACUGACCUCUCUAGAGAAUACUGUAUACCUUAGAGUUAAUAAAAAUUAAUGUGUUUCGUGAUAACUGCUUCUUACUGGGUGUCAGAUUUUUAUUCAUAGUUCUGUCUCCAAGAUUAGCUGUCCACUGUUACUUCCUCUGCACAGUUCCUGCUUGCCCCUCUACUUUCACUUGACUGUCUUGAAUAAUCAGAACAAAAACAGACCAUACCUCUCAAGUGUCCAGAUGUUUUAUAGAAUUUCCAGAGUUUUGUCUCAUAUUUUUGGUCAGUUUCUCAUAAUCUUUUUGUUUUUCUGGCAAAUCAUUGAGGACUGAAGUCACUAAAUAAUAAACAUUUCAGUUUCAGACUUCAUAUUCUUCAGAAAUUACAUGCUAACACAAGUCUCGUUAGUCUAAUAUUUUUUUUUAAGUUUAUAAGAGCAAUAUUCAAAAUCUUUCCCUAUUUUUGAGCCUUUGUACCCCUGUUAUUUUAGGCUUUCUCCAGAUUUCUUGUUUGUUGUCUAGUUUGAGAGGUAUAUGCCUUUCUAGUGUGGUACAUGGUGAAUUACAUGAACUGUCAUUUGCAGUGCCUAUACAUAAGUGUGAGGGGGCCAAAACAGUUAUUGUAAGAGUCUGGGGGGAGGUUGCAGGGCUUUCCACUCUGGUUCAGUAAAAGACAGGUUUGUAGUGACCAUGUAUGCAGAAGUCUUAUUCUGAAUUCACUUAUUGUGGGUUAUUGACUAGCAUCCUUCCCAUCAUUUCUUGAUUUUAAUCAUGCCAUCUGUAUUUCAAGGGUUGUAGUGUUUUAAUUAGAAAAGUAUCUACUGUUUACUUCCCAUGAGAUUUUCAAAACACCUUGUGUUAGUCAUUUCUUAGGAAACCUACAUCAAACCCGUCUCAAUAUGAUCUCUACUGAACAGACCCACUACUGUUGUAAUGUGACACCUUCAGUUGUUGCAGUUUGAUACAGACACAUUACACAAUGCAAAAGUCAAAAGACAAAAAGUCUUGUGCUUUGAAUUAUUUUUGAGAGUCACUGAUGAACUGCAACAAGAAAUGCAAAGGAUGAGCUGAAGAUAUGCAGUAAGUCAUUAAAUUGUAAAGUACAUGCAGUGCUGUUUUGGCUCACCUGAAAUAAAUCCUACAUUUAUUUCUUGUAUCCCUAGUGGCUGUCCUGGAUUCCAUGAAAAUACAUCUAUAAGCCAGUUCUGACUCCCUUAUCUAUAUGCUUGCUUCACUGACGGUAAAAUAUUGUGCUAACCCUAUAAAAUGUGGAUUAUGGCAGUGUUAUGAAGUCCUAUUUUUUUUAAUUAGAAUAGACAGUGUUGCUGCAGCAUCAGUGCAAUCUAUAUUCCUCUGUACAAAACUGUGACACCUCUCUCAUUCACUGUCAGACCUUUCACCUGUAUCUGUUUUGGAGGAACAUUCCUACUUUCAGCUCCAAUUUACAUGUGUGUAUUAUGUUCUUGUAUUUGAAGGUAUGUCCCGAUUUUCAGGCUUGAUUUGCUCCUUCGUCCAAUUUUCUGAAUCCCCCCCCCCCCCCCCAAUCAGUCGUGAUUUUUUUUUAAGUUGUCUGGUGUACAGAAAACCACACUACAUGACCAACGUACUAGUAUAUCAGUAAUUUAAAGAGAACACACAUCUUACAUCUCUCUUUUUCAAAAGCAGAAGGUAAAUAACCUUGUGUAAUACAAUUUUGCAGUAGCGUUCAAUAAAGUCUAUAAAGAUUUUACACUGCCUUUGAUACUGAGCUUAUAUUUUUCCAUCACUUUUGUUAUGUUUCGGAAUAUUAUGCAUUUCUACAGCAUAUAGGAAGAGUUAUGUGCUAUUUGAUAUUCAAAUUUUAUGCUAGUUAGAUACCCAGAGUUGUGACUUAGAUGUACCUACUUUUCAAGGGCCUUUCUUCCUAUUUUCAGUAUCUGCAGGUUUAUAGAUCUGCUGUUUUCUUAGAUGUCGUUUGGGGGUAUAAUGAAUCCUCUAGAUUCUCUAGGGAAGGGGAAAAUAUAUGGCAGGACGCCAUAUUCUUUUCAUUUUACCUGGCCAUCUGGAUACUUGGAUUUGUUGCUGAGCCUACAUUAAUGGCAUUAUAGACUGAAAUUUCAACCACUGCACUGACAAGGAAGGACGGUCUCAAGAAAUAUGUUUUAUCAGUUCUAAAUUAGCUGCAACUUUUUCCCUCUAAAAUUUCUUUAUAUAGCUUAAAUGUUCAUGUAAUACUCUGUCACAGAAUGGGGUAGGUGUUAUGUCUUCCUCUAGCAGUAGUAGAGGAGUAUGAAUUGAACCCCCACCCUGUGUGAGAACAGUAAGCCUAACCGAGUAGCAAGCAGCAGCAGCCAGUUGCACGAUUUUCCUUCUUGUGAGGUAUUGCUUAUCUGAGUAAGGGGUUUGUCUUAGUUCACUAGAUGUCUGACUUUUGUGCAUUUUGCUGAAGUAGAAGAGCGUGGAGCCCUCAAUGCAGUGUUUAUCGCAAACUGUCGAUAAGGGUUUUAUUUACUUGUACUGCUUAUCUGUUUCAAGUCAUGCUUCUUUCAUUCUAGUGAAGCCAUCUUUUGUAGUAAGUAGCCUGAGUUCUUAAAACCAAACUUCACAGAAAUGUAAAAUCACAAGAAGCAUUUUCAAGAUACACUUGAAAGUGUAUUUUACUGAGCAUGACAGUGAUUUACAUUGUACCUCUUUUACCCACUUCAGUUUCUGUUUCAUUUUUGCAUAUGUGUUGUUUACCCUUGUCGUCUUGCUGCAUUUGGAAAUAUCCAGUCCUAUGCAAAAUGUGCACGCUGUUAAUAUUUAUUCCUAAAAUUAGCAUUUAAGUAUGAGCCAUAUGUUUAGCAUUGUAGUUUGUUCACUACCAUGUACAACUGUUAUUUAUAUUAACUUUUUAUAUUUUAAACAAACAAAAAAUACAACUUCCAUUUUUUCAGUGAUCAGGUUUUUGUACAUUUACUGAUCCUUUGUUGCUUGGUCUGUUAUUGGUUCUUGAUAUGACUUGUUUUCUUUUUUUUUUUUUUUCUAACUUAUACAAUUUGAUGUCACAUUGCAAGUUUUGUAUUUUAUGCAGUUUUUCACAACAGGUAUUGUUUAAAUGAAGAUGUCAGUGUUUUCUGUUUUAAUGUCCUUAGUGUCAAUAUAUAUGUAUUUUUCGCUUAUCAUUUUGUUUUCAUUAUCCUGUAUAUUAACAAUGCUUUUACUACUGUUUUGCACACAGUCUAGGUUGGAAGCUGGUAUCACCAUGACUGUUGUAAAGGUUUUGUCUUUAUGUUGCUUUGUCUUAUUUCAUUCUGAACUGUAUUAACUGUCUUGAAAAUAUUUUGUCUGUUUUGAAGUUGUGUUAGCCACACUGACUUAAAACUACUUAAACUGGAAUAGACUACCAACCUGUAAAUAGAAAAAUGUAUACAAAUACACAGCAAGUUCUUUAU